GAAUCAUGCAAGCUUUCGCAGGCUGAGGUUGCGCUGGAUCAUUCAAGCUAGAGGAUUCUGACUUUGAGGAAGGGAAAACAUUGUCACUGCAGGAGGAGCGCUCGAGUCCCCUCCCUUUCUGCAUUUCUGCUUGCAUGUACAGUCGAGGAAAAAGUAGGAGAAUAUUAUGAAAGUGACGUUGACAAGCGCCGUCACCAAUCAGUCAUUCACCUCAGGUGACCAGUGGUUGGAGCAAGCCGAAAAGCAUAAGCAUUCAUUGUAGAAACUUGCUUAGAGUGGACAAGAAUUGAGCACCAUCUCUGCUGACGUGCAGCAUUGCCAUCUAAACAAGUGCAUGUCGGUUUGCUGGGCUUGGGUUGAGCACCAGGUCAUAGGUCUCAGGUCAAAGGUAGGCAGUAAUUGGCAGCAAACCGCAAUUCGCUUGGAGGUGGCGCCGUAGAUUAGCACUUCCGCUUCCCUAUCAGCUCACUUUGUCAAUGUCGUACUGGACUUUCCAAUAAGGUUAAAGAUUAUAUUCUUCCUGAGGCAGCAGCCAUGGUCCUUUCGGAGGCCAUUCUGAUUAGCGCCUACUUCUUGGGGCUGCGAAGGGCCUAUCGACUUGUUCUCAAGACUGAGCGGAAAGUACUCAGGAGGGUUCCUCGCAUCCAGCAAUUUGCAGAGAGGAACAUCAAGCACGUGUUCCGGUUGGCCCAGCGCGGCAUCAAGGAGGUGGAGCAGCGCGACCUGGCGUUCGGCAAGUACCUCGGCGGCCUGGUCGACAAGAUGCCGAGCUGGGACUUCUUCAAAGACAGGUCCAUCACGCGCGGCGAAAAGUACCGGGCUCUGAAAGCGUCCCUGAGGGCCACGGUAGAGAGCCGCCGCGCACGCAGGGCUGCAGAAUCAGGGGGAGCGAGCGCAGGGGAAGCGAUGAAGAUUGUGAGAGACCAGGAGAAGGCGAAGUGGGAGGGCCAGGCGCCGGGGCGGGUGAUCGAGGAGAAGGUUCGGGAGGAGGGGGCGGUGGGGGAAUGGCGAGGAUUGCCAAACGAGGGGGCGAAAGUAGUCGCGUCCAGACGGGCAGGAGAUGAGGAUUCGUCCAAAAUUUCGGAUGCAUCAAGGAAAGGGUCACCAAAGGGGUCAUUGAGGGAUAGAACAUCGGCGGGAGAGACUCCGUGGGGCGAGCCUGCGAGGGGAGAAGUCGGAAAAGCGAGCCCGUCCGGCGUCUACGCUGCCCGAAAGUACCACUCUGCGAGAGGGCUUGACGUACUGAGUCAGGAGCGGUGGCCGGAGACAAGCGUACUCACGAGGGGCAGGGGGGCGGCAGAUCGGUUUGUUCAAGAUCAGGGGACAAUGGAGGAGAGUAUGCCUGCAGAUGAGCGGCGAGGAUCUUCUUCAGGGGCAAGGGCUUUCGGAGAGGGGCUUCUUCGAGCUGCCUUUGAAAGUAGUAAAGACGGUUCGGCGGGGGUCGUGGUGAGGGAUGUGGUGAGCGCUGGUCAAGUAGAGGACACAAGCAGCAGUUCUGUGCUGACCGGCACUGGCUCGUGGAAGAGUGUGCGGUGUCAACGUGCGCUAUCUCCUGGUUUUGAGCUGAAGAAUUCCAUCCGCAAAGCUAGGUCUCAAUUCUCGAGUCAAACUUAGCGAGGCAAUCAGUUGGUGCAGAUUGGCAGCAGCCUACUGCAGUAACGAGAACGAGAAGAACAAUCGGCCGAUAUGCACGUAGGUGCUAAAUCCAAAGCUGUACAUUAGACACGACACCACAUGAUCUGGAUGUAAUUCUUUUUCAAGUUUGGACAUUGAGCGUACAUGCAGCCAAAGCAUGCAGUUCCUAGAGCAGGCGGACAGAAAGACGUUAAAUCUGAACAGGACAGGCCGCGAUCGAGCAUGCAAAUCGUGAGGUCAAAUCUUCGAGU